AUGACUAGUGUUGCCAAGACUAUUCCGGCACCUACGGAUGUGGGUGCUUUGGCCAAUAGAAUCAAUUUCCAUACAAGAGAUGCUCAUAAUAAGGUCAACGCUUAUAUGAGUGUCCGGCUUGCUUUCGCUUUAAAACAUGGGUUCAUUUACAGACAAGGUAUACUGGCCUUUUACCACAUCUUUGAUGCUGUCGAACAAGAGUUGGACCGUUUGUUGAACGAUCCGCAGAACGAUGAGGAGAGACAGAUGCAACAUGUGUUGAGGCAAUUUUGGUUGGAAGAGUUUCGCAGAACUAAUAGGAUAUUCAAGGAUUUGGAAGUUCUUUACUCGCCUGAGUAUAGUGAUUCGGAGUCUUUGAGAAACUUUGUCGAACACCAGCCGUUAGCACCUCAGUUGCAGAGUUUUGUGGAUUCUAUUCAUAGCACUGUGCAGCAGGAUUCAUGCACGAUUCUAGCGUACUGUCACGUCCUGUAUUUGGCUUUGUUUGCUGGUGGUAAAGUUAUGCGUUCAAAUCUGUACAGACACACCGGAUUGUUUCCAAAGUUCGAGUACCUCACGCCGAAGGAGCUUGUUAUCAGAGGUACCAAUUUCUUCACGUUCAGUGACGAAGGUUCUGAUGCAGAGAACAAAUUGAGAUGGAAGUACAAAGAGGGCUAUGAGCUGGCUACACGUCAGGAACUUUCUGAGUCGCAAAAGACUAGAAUCCUUCAGGUAUCGAGCCAGAUCUUUGACUGGAACAUGGACGUCAUCGGGGAGAUCGGUGAAAUGAAUAGGAAUGAACUGAUGAGUAAAUUCAGUUUCAAGCUCCUAACGUAUCUGUCUGAGGAAUGGAAGUACAGUACAAUCCUGUCGAAACGGUCUAAGGACUCGAUCAUCGUGAUGGCGAUCUUAAUUCAAUUCUUGGUCGCCUACAUUGUGCUACGUAAAUUCAUCUGA